UAUGAUCUCAUUUCACUGGUAAAUGUUUGACUACAUAUUUGUCUUUUCUCCCUGAAGAGAACAUGACUGGGGAGCUGAGCUACUUGGAACACAUGGACACAGUUAUAACUCAAGGGCCAGGAAGAAGACUCAGGAAGAAGCAGAUGAGCUCCUACUUGAGCUGAGUUCCAUUCUUCACAAGGCUGAAGUGGGAGAAUAGUUUCUACUUGAGAGUGGAAAAGUUCCCUCUAACUAGGAACCAAGAUGCUUUCCACUUAUGUAUGGACCACACAUCUAAACAGCACUUGUGUAACUUUGAUAGACAUGGAACUCUUUCUGCACUACUCUCUCAUUCCAUCAUUUUUCAUAAUUAUGGUUCUGUCCUUCCUCCAAAGAAGAGUUCAUCACAAGCAGCUAGAUGACAAGACCUACCUCCUUGGUAGCCGUUUUGGGAUUGUAAUGCCCCUGGAUUUCAUUGGAACAUUCAAUAAUCGAUGGUCAUAUGGAAUUGCAUUUGGAGCUACAGCAAAUAAAGUCAUGUUUUUAUUUUCUGAAGGCUACCAACCUCUGCAAGUACCACAAUGGGCACAAGCUAUUGUGCUACUGAUAGGAGGCAUUGAAGUUGGCCUUUCACAUUUUCCAUUUUUUGCCUGCCUUUCAUCAGAUUUUCGACUGACAAGCUCCAUCCUUGGAUUUGCCUAUUCUUUAAUAUGGUUUUCCAUCACAGUCUUACAUAUUGUGCAGUGUCCACAUGGACAGCUAAUUGGGGCAUAUGAAACAGUUAUUUUUUAUUGGCCUUCCUUGCUGUGUCUGGCUUUCCUCUUAGGACGUUUUGUGUACAUGUUUGCAAAAGCCCUGAAGAUUCAUCUGGGUUUGGAGGUUCAAAAGGAAGAAAGCUCUUUUCUAGAAGUUCAUCAAGCUGAACAUGUGAAACAACUCAUGAGGAAACCACCAGAACAGGAGGAAGAAAAAUCCUGGUUCCAACGUAGGAUCUAUGAAUGGGAUCCAUAUUUUCAAUUCCCAAGUCGAAUGAUUGGUUCUACCGUGCUAGCCUUUAUCUGCUUAUAUCUUUUCAUUAUAAUUGAAUUUUGCAUAUACACAUACAUUGUACGAGAGCUAGACGUGUUUGAGGGGGGACUGGAGAGCUACAUUGCUUCAGUUAAUGAGACAGGAGUACUGACACCAGCUAUUCUACGGAUAAAGGAGCUGAUUAACGUGGCAAAAGGUGUUUGGACUCUGACCAUUUUUUCUGCCUCUCUCACUUGCAUAAGCUAUUUAUUUCACAUUUUAGCCUGCUACAGAAAACAUAUAAAAAGGCUAUGGACAGGAGAGAAAAGCUUUAUUCCUGUGAAGUUUCACAAUCCUUCCUCUUCUAAUAGUGUGGUGGCCAUAGCAAGAUACUCAGGUUGGCAAAUAGCAUAUAUUCUGUGGGGUUACCUCAUCAUCCAUGUGGUCCAAUGUCUCUUUGGUGUCAUGAUCAUGUAUGGCUUGGUUUUGCCAGUAAUUCACAAUCAAGGACUAGAAAUGCUGAAAGGUUUGGGCAUUGGAAUGCUCACCAUUUCUAUCGUUGUGGGACUCAUGAUUUUACAACUAAAAAUAGCAGCCAGAUUUUUCCUUCAACCAAAGAUUAACCCUGGAGAUAAGCAAAAACCAUUAGCUCUAAAUAAUAGGAAAGCAUUUCACAACUUCAAUUAUUUUCUGUUUUUCUACAAUGUGCUUCUGGGCCUGGGAGCUUGUUUGUUCAGACUAUUUGUCAGCUGUAUCCUGGGAACCUGGUUAAUAGCACGCAUAGACAGGACUAUCAUGCAGAAUGGUUAUGAAGGUGCAGACAUGGGAUUCCAAGCCUGGAUUGGCAUGCUGUUUGUGGACCACUAUCACACCAACCCUGUACUUGUUGGUUUUUGUCAUAUCUUGCUGCUGGGCAGCAAUGAGAGGAAACUACAGAAGUCCCUCCCCUACUGGCACUUAAAUCAUUCGACAGGUUCUAGAAUUUCAAUAAAGUCCAGAACAAGAUGGUUCUUACUCUACACCCUUUUAAAAAACCCUAGACUUAUCUUGCUCAGAAAACCCAAAUCAGCCUCGGGUAUCAGGGUUGCUACACAGACCAAUUCUGUUGACAUCCUGUAAAACUGGGGCCGGCACUGGAUUUUUUCGGACACAGGACAAUGCAUCAGCUGUCUGGAGUUUUCCAGAGAGAGCUCAGAAUGAUGGGAUGCUACCAGAACGCAUGGAACUGGAUUAUCCCUGGUGAAAGCAAGGACUGUGAUUGACUAUAUUCUUUCAUGCCUGAUCCAUUGGGCCAAGUGGUUAAAAAUCUUAGUACUACUUCAUACUAAAAAUCUAAAGGAAUUGUGAGCAGGUUAAACUGUUCACUUUGUGGACCAGACCAUGAUGUAACUUUGGGGGCUCAAACAAUACGAUUUUUUGUUGUUGUUUUUAAUGACUAUUAACAAUGAAAUAUAUUCCUAAAGUGGUAGAGUUUCCUUUAAUUGGAAUGAAUUCUUCUCUGAGAAGUAUGGUCAUACUGCAUGACUAACUAGAUCCCCUGACAAAACUCCAUAACGCCCAUGGACUCUGUUGCUGUAUUUAUAAAGUAUUUAGCUCAAUGCCAGGCACAUAAUAAGAUGAGUUAUAAGUUAUAAUAAGACCCUUCUCUUCUCUCUCAUACUCAAAUGGCAUAAAAAUUUUCUUUCAGAAAAGAAAAUGAUCUUUGUUUCCAAUGAAUAAUGUUUGGAAAUGACCAAAUAAAACAAUGUUUAAAAAUUUUUUUUCUUUCAUUUCUUUUAUAUCAAGUAGGUGAUUUGGAUAUACUUAAUUCUUUUUUUUUAAACCCUUACCUUCCUUCUUGGAGUCAAUACUGUGUAUUGGCUCCAUGGCAGAAGAGUGGUAAGGGCUAGGCAAUGGGGGUCAAGUGACUUACCCAGGGUCACAUAGCUGGGAAGUGUCUGAGGCUAGAUUUGAACCUAGGACCUCCUAUCUCUAGGCCUGGCUCUUACUACACUGAGCUAUGCAGCUGCCCCCGGAUAUACUUAAUUCUUAAAGAAAUUGGAUAUACUUAAUUCUUAAAAUAAUUCAUUUGGGGGCUGCUAAACAGGUUUCUUUAGAAAAACGAGCAUCACAUCAUCGUUAUCACAAUCAGGAAGGCAAGACAGUCGGUCUGUGUGGCAAGAAAUUAGUAGCUGUUGCAAGGAGCCUGUUUGUUUGCUUUCCUUCCUGAGUAGAAGGCAGGCAGAUAAUUAAAGAAUUAUUGCUUGAAAGAGGGAUUAGGCUUGUUCUGUUUGGCCACAGUGGCCAGAACUAAAAGCCAUGGGUAAAAGUAUAAGCAAAGGAGAUUUAGAAAAAACUUAAUUAAAUAUGAAAAUACACAAUUUUGAAUAUAGCUAUGUACGAGGAUAGCCUCCUAUUCUGAUGGAAAAUCAUGAUAGAGAAAUGGAACUAUAUUCUCUGAGGCUAGGCCAGUGUGGCAAAAGGUUUGGCCAGCGAUAGAUGUCCCCAAAACUGAGCCUAAUGAUCAUACUUUAGACGUGAACUGUUGUGAGCCUAAGGCCUGGCAAGGAUGGUGUUGCCUUCUGUAGUCAUAGGGAAGGAAGGAGGGGAGAGUGUUUAGAAAGAAAGAAUGAAUGCCAUUUUAGAUAUAUUGAGUUUAAGAUAUUUGUGGACAGCUAGUUCAAGAUGUCUGAAAACCAGUUGGAGAGGUGAGAAUGGAGAGCAGCAGAGAUAUUGGAGCAGAAAAAGUAGAAUUAAGUCACCAUAGAAGUAGUAGUAAAAUCAUUAUAUAUAUUUGUGUGUGUAUUUUUAUAAAUGUAUAUAUAAAAUUAAAUUAAAUCAUGGAAGAUGAUGGGAUUACCAAAUGAAGUAGGAUAGGAGAAAAUAACCUAGGACAGAACGCUGUGAGAUAUAUAGGAUUAAAGGAUGUUAUCUUUUAGGAUCUUUAGUUAUCUUAUAGGAGGAUCAAUAAAAGAGAUAAAGACUAGUCAGAUAAAGUCUGGAGAGAAUGGUGUCCUGAAAACCUAGAGGGAAGGUAAUAUCAAGAAGGAGAGAGUGAUAAAACAGCAUCAAAGUCAGCAAAGCUUUCAAGAAGAAUAAGGAUUAAGAUAAAUCAUUGAUCUGGCAACUACAAAAUCAUUAGUUACUUUGGAGAGAAGAACUUUGCAGAGAACUCAUGGAUUUAUAUGCACAGCCUUAGCCUUUCUACUGAUCUCAAGCCCUGCACUGCCAUCUCCAAAUAGAUGUUCCACAGGCAUCUUGAACUCAGUAUCCAAAAUAGAACUUGUCUGCCCCAUCAAAUCCUACCUUUCUGUACUUUGUAGAGAGCACCACCAUUCUUCAGUCGUGUCAUCCCCAACAUCCCUCUCCUUCAAUCUCAUAUUUCAAAUAGGUGCCAAGUCCUGACAAUUCUGCCUCCAUAUCAUUUCUCAUAACCAAUCCCUUUUCUCCACUCACAAAGUCAUCAUCCUACUUCAGAUCCUCAUUACUUCUCUCCUGAACAACCAUAAUAGCUUCCUAAAUUGAAUCCCUGACUUCCCUUUCCCACCCCCUCCUCUCUAGCCUGUCUUCCAUAGAGCUGCCAAAUUCUUUCCCAAACACAAGUCUAAUUAUGUCACUACAAUGUUCAAGAAACGUCUGUGGCUCCCUACUUCCUCUAAGAUCAAAUAUAAAUUCCUAAGCUUUGUAUUUAAAGUCCUUAUUCAAAAAAAAUUCUAUAAUUUUUUCCAACUUGCUGAUUUCCUUCUAAUGUUGACUAUAUUAGUUUUAUUUGUAACAAAAAAUUAGCCUUACAUCUCAUGAUGCUUCCUAUCUCUUAUUCAUGAAUUCUUCUCAGAUCCAUAAUAUGAUAGGUAAAAUGUUCCCAAUUCUCCUAACUUGAUUAUAUCUCUUUUCAUGCCUAAGACAUGUAUACAUUUUUAUCUUGUCUUGAUAAAUGGUAUAAGAUAUUAAUCUAUAUCUAGUUUCUGCCAGACUGCUUUCCAAUUUCCCCAACAAUUUUUUUUCAGUUUUCUGUCUCAGGACAAAUCAGAUUUUUAUUUAUUGUUUUAAUUCAAAUACUUUUCUUUGGCUAUUAAAAUGAAGGAGGCAGUUGAGGAUUGUCUUAAAAUAUGAGGUUUUAAAGUUGCAAAGACAAAAGGAGGAAAGGUGUUAGGAUCAGAAUCCCAACAAUUUUUUUUAAACCCUCACCUUCCAUCUUGGAAUCAAUAUUGUAUAUUGGCUCCAAGGCAGAAGAGUAGUAAGGGUUGGGCAAUAGGGGUUAAGUGACUUGCCCAGGGGUUAUAUAGCCAGGAAGUGUCUGAGGUCACAUUUGAACCCAGGACCUCCUGUCCCUAGGCCUGGCUCUCAAUCCACUGAGCUACUCAGCUGCCCCUUUCCCAAAAAUUUUUACCAAAUAAUGAAUUCUCAUUCAAAAAACUUGGAUUUUACUUUUGUCAAACAAUGUUACUAUAAUUCUGCACAACUUUGUGGCAUGUCUGUUCUAUUUUGUUCCACUGUUCUACUUUUCUAUUUCUUAUCCAGUACCAGAAAGUAUGAUUAUUAUUACUUUAUACUACAGCUCAAAAUC